AUGUCAUCCACGCGGCCACCGUUGGCGACAGCCACAACAUCGGGGAUGGCGGGCCAACAAAACUCAGCAGCGACUGGUAGCGAUAAUAACAAUAACAACGGGAAUACGGCGGCACGCAAAGCGCAAUCAAAGGGCAAUUAUAAGGGAUUUGUGGCAGGGGUAUUCUCGGGGAUUGCGAAGUUGAGUGUUGGCCAUCCAUUCGAUACUGUGAAAGUCCGACUACAAACAAGCACAGAAGGUCAAUUUAAGGGUCCAUUGGACUGCGUGCUACGAACAAUACGGGUUGAGGGUGUAAGCGGGUUAUACAAAGGUGCCACGCCGCCGCUGGUCGGUUGGAUGGUGAUGGAUUCUGUUAUGCUUGGCUCUCUGACACUCUACCGGCGACUACUUCUUGAACAUGUCUUUUCGAACCCCCACACCCGUGCAUUGACCCCAUUCAACCGGGGGAGCCAAUCGGAUAUGCGUACAUUGCCAAGUUUGGGUCAUGGUAUUGCAGGUAUUAUGGCGGGUACUACAGUCAGCUUUAUUGCUGCUCCAGUUGAGCACAUUAAGGCCCGGUUACAGAUUCAAUACGCGGCAGAAAAGUCCCAGCGCAUGUACAGUGGGCCUGUUGACUGUCUGCGCAAACUUCUGAAAACGCACGGUAUAUCGGGUCUCUAUCGUGGUCUCUGUGCCACGAUUUUUUUUCGAUCCUUCUUCUUCUGCUGGUGGGGAUCUUAUGAUAUCCUAACCCGGUGUUUCAAUGAACACACAAAACUGUCAGCACCGGUAGUCAACUUCUGGGCCGGUGGUAUCUCCGCCCAGGUUUUCUGGAUCACAUCGUACCCGUCGGACGUGGUCAAGCAGCGUCUCAUGACGGAUCCCAUGGGUGGCGCUUUGAACGAUGGAGAGCGGCGGUUCCCCAGGUGGAAGGAUGCAGCGAGAGCUGUUUACCAGGAGCGUGGAUGGAGAGGAUAUUGGCGAGGCUUCGUGCCUUGUUUCCUGAGGGCCUUCCCGGCGAAUGCCAUGGCUCUGGUUGCAUUUGAGGGUGUGAUGCGGUCUUUGCCAUGA